AUUGGGAUGAAUUGGAUUGCUGCGUGGCACGCUGUUGGUCGGGAAGACGAGCAUCCUGCGCACAAUCCUUAUUCUCGCGGCGCAUCUGGAUUGCAAGUAACUUUGUGUAUACUUGGUGGUGAUGCAAGCCAUUUGCCAGAAUCUGCUGUCAGUGGCCCCGUAGAUUUAUCUCAGUCUUCGUCCCUAGCAGGGGCAGUUUUAUCGUCUCGCAGACGUUCAAAGUCUAUCGUGCAUGAUAUAUUUUUUGCAUCGUGUCGUUCGGGGGUCCGUUUGGGUCCCUUGUCGUCCGAAGCAUGUACUCUGCACGGUUUAGACUUUAAGGGUUCAUAUUCCUUGCUCGAGUUGCGAAAAUCGUUGUUGCAACAUCUACUCCACGGGGAAUGCGUCAUUUCGGACACACGCUCCAAGCAUCGUGAUUACACUGCAUGUCGUGAGGUCGCGGCAGGGUUUGGCACGCCUUCGAAUUUAGUUGAGUUCAUACUGGACGAGUUGAUGUCAGGGGAUGCUUCUGUUAUAUCAGGCGGCGACCUUUGGUUUAUUGCGCAGAGUAUUUGUAACGAUUUAGAGUGCACUCGCGCUCAAGAAUUACAUCCUAGGCAAAAAGCUAUCAGCAUUCUGAAAAUCUUUCGUAGCCGCAGCGCAUAUGAGCGCGUGUCUCAAACAUUCCAGUCGUUGUUUUCCAAGACAGAGCAUAUGUCCAAGCCUUCUUUGGAAGCUAUAGCGUCUUGGCACGGUUUGUGUUUUGUGGGUACGAAGGAUCAGUUGUUGGAUAGGAUUAUCGACCAUGUAUCGAGGGGUAAAUGUACACUCUAUGCGGCCGAUUCUCGUGUCGCUUGUGCUCAUAUCAGCGAUGAGUUGGGCACCGAGGAUGUUGAUGGCGAUGAUAUCAGGACUCAUAGUUCAAUAGACAGUUUGCAUAGUUCUCCUGACACGAGCCAAGAGGUUGUCAAUCUUCAAAUUCGUGUUUUAAGUUCGUUGCGCAAAACUAUCGCGUGUAAGCCUUUGAUUCGCUUAUUGUGAAUUGGUUUUGAUGAAGGAGAAAGUCUUUCGCGCUUGCGCAAACGCCUUAAAACGUAUAUAGACGUUCUUGUCAAGGGUAAGCGAUCUCAGAAUGAAGGCGUUGCAAUGGAGAAGGAGCGGGCUCAAUAUGCGUCGGAUUGGCCUCGCAUUGUGUCAGCGGAAAGAAAAGCACGCGUGAUAGAGAUCUUUCGUGAACAAACCUCUUCAGAGGCGCUGGCUACUUUUGUUCGCUUUGCAUGUGCCGCUGAAAGCAAUCGCAAGGAC